AUGACGGCGACGAUAUGCAUAGGAGGGUUCUGUAUCCCGAUAUAUGCGCUGGUUCCGUUCGCACUCAUGAUGCUUCAAGGCCUCUGGAAUUGGUUUCACAAGAACGUUCUCGGCCACAAUAAUGACACGAUCCCCGAGAAUAGUCGUGUGAUCCAUGUAACGUCGGAGCAGCAGUUUCAAGAGCUCAUUGACAAGGGCAAAAGAACGAACCGUUCGCUUGUUGUAGACUUUUCAGCUACUUGGUGUGGUCCAUGCCGUCAUAUUAGUCCCGUGUUUCAUGAGUUAAGUGCCACAUAUCCAUGCACGAUCUUUUUAAAAGUGGACGUGGAUGAGCUGAAGGUUGUGGCCAAGAGCUGCAAUGUAACGGCCAUGCCGACGUUUCAGUUUUACCGUAAUGGUGUCAAGUGUGAUGAGAUGCGCGGUGCAGAUAAGAACGGACUGGAGACGCGUAUCCAAAAGCAUUAUGUGGAGGUGGAACUGACUGAGGAUGAAAAGUUGAUCGUGAAGGAGACUGAUCUCGUUGGAGAGAAGGUGGCGACUGUCGGACUCCGCCAGCGCAAGCCACAGGUGGUGACGGUGACGUCGGAAAUGCAGUGGAAGCAGCUCAUUCAGCAGAAUCAGGAAUCAAACAAAGCGUUGGUGGUAGACUUCUGGGCUACGUGGUGCAAGCCGUGCGUCGAGAUUGCUCCAUUUUUUGAGAAACUGAGUGGCCGGUUUCCUGCUGCAGUAUUUGCGCGCGUGGACGUCGAUGAACUCGAGAGCGUGACAAAUGAGUUCGAUGUAUCAUCGUUACCUUCUUUUAAGGUGUUCAAGGGUGGCGUGGUGGUGGAGGAGCUUAGUGGAGCCAUUAAGAGUGCUUUAAAGAGCAUUGUCGCAAAGCACGCGACGAAUUAA